AAUGGCGGAUCAGGAUCCAAACAAUCUUGGGAUGCUUUACGACUUCUGGAGCAUCCAAUCUUCCCCGCCGCCUUCUAUCUCCAUCAAUGAUCACUCGCCUCCGCCUCCUCCGGCACUCGGCGGCGUCCACCACCAUUUCGACGCUGACGGCGGCGACACACAACCCAGUCCUCGACGACCCUCGUCUUCUUCUUCUUCAACUUCUAGAACGUUCCCUUGCCUCUACUGCUCCCGCAAGUUCUACACUUCCCAAGCUCUGGGCGGCCACCAGAACGCCCACAAGCGGGAAAGAGCCGCCACCCGUCGUAGCUUGUACCCGGCCGCCACCAUCGCCGGCCCCGCCUCCUCCACCUCUAAUCCCUUCCCCUCAACGCCGCCGUCCGUUCCUACUUACUCCAACCCGGCCAGCAGCUAUUACUGGCUCCAAACACCGCUUCUCCUCCACCCCACCGCCACCGCCGCCGCCGCCUUCCACUCACUGGGCGACCACUAUUUCGCCGCCGCCGCCGCUCCUCCUCCUUGCGAUCUCGACGGCCUUGUUCUGGGUCCCAGCAGUGACCCCGGCUUGCUCAAAUCUUUAGAGCCGCAGAACAUGGAUGACAACAAUAUUGAUCUAUCCCUUCAUCUCUGA